AUUGGUAUACAACAAAAUAUAUGAAGUACAGUGGAAGUACAUUGAAAAACAUUAACGUAAAUCAUCAACAUCUGACGAUGGAGAGAGCUACAGAAAUGAUGAAGGAAAAUAUUGGUUAUGCAAAUGGUACUUUAGUGCCUUCAAAUUAUACUCAGUGCUUAACUAUCAACGUCCCAGAGGAAAUCUUCUUCGCUAUAUCAAUUCUAGGUGUAUUGGAAAAUGUUCUUGUUUUCACUGCUGUCAUCAAAAACAAAAAACUCCAUUUACCCAUGUACUUUUUCAUUUGUAGUUUGUCAUUUUCUGACAUUCUAGGAAGUCUAUAUAAAAUUCUGGAGAGCAUUAUGAUGAUAUUGGCUAACCAUGGUCAUCUUCAAAAAAAAGGUAAAAUUGAGAAAAAGAUGGAUGAUAUUAUGGAUUGGUUCUUCGUAUUGUCGUUACUUGGAUCAAUUUUCAGUCUGUCUGCUAUUGCCACAGACAGAUAUAUUACCAUCUUCUAUGCCCUUCGAUAUCACAACAUAAUGACUAUCAGGAGAGCUUGGAUCAUCUUGGCUGCCAUAUGGCUAUUGGGUGGUGGUUGUGGAAUUGUUAUAGUUAUCUUCUUUGAUUAUACUAUUACGGUUAUGUGCUUUACUUCUUUAUUUUUCUUGCUCUUAGUCUUUAUACUAUGUCUUUACAUCCAUAUGUUCCUCCUAGCACAGUCACAUGCAAGGAAAAUCUCUUCACUCUCUGGUCAAUGGAAUAAUGUGCAGCAAAAGACAAAUAUGAAAGGUGCUAUUACGUUAACCAUUUUGUUGGGUGUUUUUAUUUGUUGUUGGUUUCCAUUUAUUCUUCAUCUCUUCUUAUUUAUAUUUUGCCCUCAAAAUCCUUAUUGUGCUUGCUAUAUGUCAACUCUGUAUGUAAAUUGUACACUUAUAUUGUGCAAUUCAGUGAUUGAUCCUUUUAUUUAUGCAUUUCGAAGUCCAGAAUUGAGGAGCACCUUUAAGAAAAUGAUAUGUUGUUAG